AUGCAGCAGCUUCGCCGCUUGAAUUUCUUCGAUGGCCUGCUUGUUCAGAGGCCUCCUUCUUCCUCGCUUCAGUCUCAGCCCGGUGGCGCACCCGGAUUCCCUUCGCCGUCGGCGUCCGCUGCCUCUCAGCCUCCUCAUCUCCAUGGAGCGGCCGCGUCGCCGCAGACUCCAGAUCCCUUCGCGGUGCUUCCGCCGGGUGCCGUGGCAUGCGUCGCGGGCACUGAAGCGCAGGUGUGGAUUGGCGACGAGCGAGGGCGCGCCUUCGUCUUCACGGACGAGAGAUUUCUGUAUCCAAUCGAGCUCUCUGUGUUUUCGCUCGGAUUCCUAUCCAUCCACGCCGCCAGAGAAGCGAACUGCGUCGUCUGUUUAGGCCGCGAUCGCCACGACGCGGCGGCUCAGGCCGCAUCUCCCGCGGCGCCGCAGGCCGCGGUUCAGCGGGCGCCUGGGGCGGAGGAGGGGGGCGUCUGGAAGUACAAAUGCUUCAGCUGCAUCCAGGUGGACGCCCGAGGGCAGCCGGUGCUUAUCAGAGAGGCGACGCUCUUCACACGCAUGCCGGAGCAGAUUCUCAGCUGCAGCGACGUCAACGGAGCAUUCUCGAUGCUGGCGGGGGGAACGAUUGCCGCGGGCGUCUGCCUUUUCCGAGGAGACCUACUUCGCGAGAAGACUUGCCGUCUGCGCCUCAUUAAGGAAAGCGACCUCCCCGUGACGGCCGUUCGCUUCCUCACGCCACAGCACGCCAACGUCGCCGAGGACGAUACCGAGCGGCGAUCACACCUCUUCGUUGCGACGGCACAGGGCAUUUACGUCUACGCAGUGCCCGCCAAGGGCGACCCGCAGAUGACAUAUCGAGACGACAUGCGCGGCCUUCCUUCGCCGCUGCUCGCCGCUCGGUUGACUCCGAAUCAAGUUGCGAUUCAGCAGGGCGAAGGCAUUUUUUGCCUCGACGCGUACCAAGGAAAUUUGUGGGCGCUGCCCACGGACGGCGAGUGCAUUCGCUUGGCGUCGCACAAGAACUACUUGAUCGCGGUUUCGGUGCCGCGGCCUGACGAGUCGCACGCGGAGUGUUCGAGCGUGUAUGGCUGGGAUGGUGUUGUCUUUUUUCUUGCGCAGGACUGCUUUCUCACGGUCUAUCGCGCGAACCCCGAGACACGAUUCAUCGCUUUCUCCUGUCCGCUCCAAGAAGUCACACACAUCGUCUCUGCUCUAGGCUCUCUUUACAUCAUCUGUCGCGACGCGAACUCCGGAAGAAAUCUGCUCUUUGAGUUGCGCGAGAAAGGUUUCUGCGACCGUCUCAACAUUCUUCUGCGGAAGCGCCUCUUCGACUGGGCUGCCGACAUCGUCUUGCAGGAGGGGCAGCCUAAGUCGACUCUUCAGGAAGUCUAUCGGGUGCACGCGGACUGGCUCUACGAGAAGCGCAUCUUUGACAAGGCGCUGCGAAUCUACAUUAAAACGAUCGGCGCGCUGGAGCCCUCAUACGUGAUCGAGAAGUAUCUCCACUGCCAGCGCCUGUGGCCGCUUGCGCUGUAUUUGCUUCAUCUACAUCGCGCGCGGCUCGCGGCGCAGGAACACACGCUGCUCUUCUUCAAAUGUGCGGCGAAGCUGAAGGACGUCAACCUCUUCGCCGCUUUCCUCGAGGAUCCCACUAUCCGCAGCGACGCGAUUCUGCCCGCGGCCGUCAAGGAAUGCCGCGCAAACGGGUACCUGAAGCUCGCGAGCCUCAUCGCGUCGCGCCACGGGUUCCACGACGACCAUGUCUCGAUUCUCCUCACAGACUACGGGAAUUUCGAUGAAGCUGUCGCGUACCUAAAGCACCUCGACGCGCCGUCGGCGUGCUCCUUGCUCCUGACUCACGGCUACGCCUUGCUUUCGCGGAAGCCGCGCGAAACUCUCGACUUGUUGAAAAACAUCAUUUUCAACUACCAAACCAGCGUGGAUAUUUUCAUUCCGCUUUUUCUUGACCGCGAACCGCUGCUUCUCUACUUUCUCCUCUCGCUGCUCUACGGGGAGACCUACGCGCGGGCGUUUUUGCGGACACAGCGCGAGCUCGCAGAGGACGCGUCCUGUCUGCGGGGGGCGACUCCCGCGGGCGCCUUCUCGGCGUCGCCUGCAGAGGACUUUCUGUCGCUCUCUCGCAUCUUCGACGAGCCGCUGGCUCAGAAGAGAGAUGACCAACGAGCCGAUGAAACACUCGCGCCGCAACUCUUUGGGAGCGCCUCCUUCGCGACCCUCCUCGAGAUCCUUCUCCGUUUCUACAAACGCGCGCGCGAGGCGUCUCGCGGCUCGCCUCGCGCAGACUCGGCGGCGGAUGCGGCGGAGACGCAGAAGAGAGAGGCGUCUGUCGCCAACGGGAUCACCCCGAGAGGCGAAGGCGCUGCGCAGCGCGACCGAAGAGAAAGGGGCGCCAUCCAGGCUUCGCAGUACGCCGGCGCGGUCAUGAAGGUUUUGAAGGAACGUUCCAUGGCCGACGACGAGCUGUUUACCUCCACGCUGCUCACGUGCGUGUACGACUUUGAAGAGGGCUUGGGGUGUGCCUGCGAGAAGCAAGAAAAUUUUCAGCUCGCGCUGAGUCGCGUCGCAGAGGAUGAGGACGUCGCCGCUCUGCUCAUAUUUUGCCUUGCCAACACCUCCAAGGACCCGACCCUUUGGAUUCAAACGCUCGCCUUGCUCGCUUCGCGAGACAACACGGAGACGCAAAUCCAGCAGCUUCUCGCCCACAUCGAGACAAACAGACUCCUGCCCCCGCUGGCGGUUCUCGACGUCCUGGAGCACGGAUCGAGAGUCAGGCUCGGCGCAGUGAAGGGCUAUUUGAUUCACUGUUUGGACAAGCUCUCGCGGGAAUUUGAGAUUUCGGCGCGGCACUUUCAGCAAGAUGAAGCGGAGGUCGCGAGCAUGCAGGCCGAAAUCCACCGGCUGCGCAUGACAGGCAAAGUCUUCGACAGCGCGAGCUGCGUCGCAUGCGGGGGUGCCCUUGACUUGUCGGCCGUCCACUUUGCGUGCUCACACGCGUUUCACCUCGUCUGUCUGACCUCCCGCGACUCGGACCACGCGGCGCCGACAAACCGAGACAUCGCGGCGCUCGCGCGGAAUGCGGGGAUGGUUAGCAGCCACCCCGACGCGGGGUACAGCUGUCCGAUCUGCACGCCGCAAGCCGAGGCGAAGCGGCUUCUGCUCGCGCAGCGCGAGGCGGACAGCCGCCACGCAGACGAUUUUUUCAAGUUUCUGCGGGGAUCUGCUGACGGAUUUUCGUUCAUCGCCUCGUACUUCGGCAAGGCGAUGUUCCCCACUCUUCCUGCGAAUCUCACGGAUCCGCACCACGCGCCAGGCUCUUUCCAGCCGCCGCACAGCGUGUCGAGCUCCUUCUCUGCGGCGCGCGCGUCGCUUUCCUCCGCGAAAGCCUCGCGUCCAGGGCCCUUUUCGCCAGGGAUGGCACCCUACGAGGCGAUGCCCGGGGACAGGCCCUUAGUGGCGCGGCCGGCGGAGGCGCCGCGACUAAUCCCUUCGCCGCCGCAGGCGAUGCAGAGCGAGACGCUGGCAUGGGUCGAGGAGUCGAACGAGGCUACAACCCUUUCCAGGCGUAGGACGGGGCCGUGCGGCCCUGUCGCCCAGUUCGGGCGCGAGGGAUGCGGCGAGGAGACCGCGCCGAUGCGAGGAGACAGCGUCGCGGCCCGCGCGCUGCAGGGCAAGGAGGAUGACGCGAAGCGCGAGGUGGUGAAUAUUCGAGGCACGGACGAGGGCGACGUUGGCCGCGGAGACACGGUCAGGCGCUAG